AUGGGACACGCGUUGGAUUGGAUCCCGGGCGGGGCGGUGCAGUCGUCCCUCCUGGGGGCGGCGGUGGUGGACUUUGGGAUCCAGCUCGUCGGUUGGGCCGCGGCGAGCGCGAUGAAGACGGAGAAGUUUUAUGACGUUCUGGGAAGCGUUGCGUUCGCGUCGACGGCGGCGAUGACGCUCGGGGGGUCGGUGAUGCUGCCGAGACAGAAGUUGGUGAGCGGAUUGGUGCUCGCUUGGACGGCACGGUUGGGGAUCUUCCUCGGCGCGCGGGCGCAUCGGGACGGAGGCGACUCGCGGUUCGACGGCGUGAAGGAUAAACCGGCGACUUUUGCGGUGUACUGGUUCUUGCAAGGGGUGUGGGUGUGGGUGACCUCGUUGCCAGCGUAUCUCGUCAACGGUUCCCCGGGACAACUGCGUGAAUUGAACGGUGGAGAUUGGGCACUCUUGGCGAUUUGGUGCUUUGGGUUCGCGUUUGAAGUCGUCUCUGACGUACAAAAGUUCAUCUUCAAGUCGGAUCGAAAGAAUAAAGGGAAGUUCAUCAAACACGGCCUGUGGUCCUUGUCUCGUCACCCAAACUACUUUGGUGAGAUCGUCAUGUGGGCCUCCGUGGCGGGGAUCGCGGCGAACGGCUUGGCAGAGUCGAACCCGGGUCGGGCCAUCGGCGCCUUCGCGUCGCCGCUUUUUGUCACGUUUUUGCUCACAAAAAUGAGCGGGAUUCCAAUCUUAGAACGCAUGGGUGAUGAGAGGUGGGGCAGUGACGAGGACUACAAGAUGUACAAGAAGACGACUCCGGUUCUGAUCCCCAAAUUUCCAGGAAUGUGA